AUGGACUCCAUCACGGGAGAGUUUUCAGACGAAAGCUCGUCACGAGCUUCCUCUGCUAGUAGGAGAGGGACUACGCGCGAGCUGGCUCUAUGUAGUACGGCCACGACCAGGAGGAGAAACGAGUCGGACGACGACUAUCUCUCUCGCGUGACGCACCUUCGCCUCCAAAACAAGGGCAUCUCCAGCCUCGACAACCCGGAUGUCUUUGACGCGUGUCAUUCUCUCAAGGUCCUGUACCUGUACGACAACUGCGUGGAAUCUCUCAAGGGCUUGGAAAAGCUUCAGCGAAUCGAGCAACUCUUCGCGGACAACAACGUGCUCACCACUAUUCAGGGCACCCUGUCGUGCAGACGACUACAAAAAUUGCACUUGAGCGGGAACUCUAUCUCGAAUCUGUGCGGACUGGAGACCGCUAAUUGCUUGGAAGAGCUGCACGUGGCAAGACAGCGACUCCAGAGAGGGCAGUGCUUCACCAUCGACCAAGCAUCCAUAGACGGGAUCAAGGACUCGUUAGUUUUGCUAGAUGCUUCGGGCAACGGCAUGGGUGGUACAGAAAUCGAAGGCAUCCUUCAUCUCUACCGGCUCGAGACGCUCAAUUUGGCGGAGAACGAUAUCCAGGAAAUGGCACAGGUGGUUGAUCUGGUGAGCAGCCUGGAGGCGCUGAGGGACCUAGACCUCAGAGGCAACAUCGUCAGUCGCAUGGCCAAGUACUUCGAGAGAGCCGUCACGAGGUGUGGAGACCUCUUGGCGACCCUAGACGGCAAACCGGUGCAUGCGCAACACCGCUCGAUGCUGCAACGGCUAGACCGCCACAAGCGUUCGGAGGCUAGGAAGUCCGCCGCUAAAACCCUCGCCCGCUCCAACACCCACGCGCCCAUUGCAGAACCCGGGGCCCAACGCGAAGACUCAGCGAGGCUCCACGACGGGGACUUCUCCAAGGGCCACAGCCACAGCGAGCAUCAAGACCCGGCAAAAAAAUCUUCGAUGCUGGACCUAAACCCUUCCUUGCGCACAACGCGCGCGGGGGUGCGCUUUGCCAGCAGCGUAGGCACUUCCAGUAGUACCAGUCAAGAUGAUCGCGACAAGCCGUUAAUUUCUUGGGCGAGCUCGCGGUAA